CGCGCGCAUCAGAGCUCUCUCGUGCGAGAAAGCCACGCCGCAUCUCGUUCAUCGCCGUGCGUGAUGCUGAGCUUGUAUGCAUGUGGGUGUGUGUGUGUGAGUGUGUGAAGACGACGAACCGCUCAUCUCUGACCCGAACUGCUUUGCAUCUCGUGACAAAACCCAGGCAGCGAAGCCGGGAAUCGCGUGCAUCCGUGUGAUUAAUGCUGCUCUCGCGCACGGUUCGUAUCCUCCCACCGGCGUCGCGCACUGUUUACGCUGCCCACCGCGCUCGAGACUGUUCGCAUCGGAAGCCUUUAUUCGCGUGGAGUGCCAGCUCAGGCUGUAGCAAUGCCUCUUCUGGAUGAAAGCUCUCUACUCAGAGACUGCCCUCCAACUGUUCCAGUCAUAAUCAUCGGAAACGGCCCUUCGGGUAUCUGUUUAUCAUAUCUACUGAGCGGCUAUGCCCCUUACUUAGAUCCAGCAGCCGAGCAUCCUAAUCCCAUACUUUACCAAAAACUACAAAAGGCUAAGCAUCUGCCUAUUAUAGAGCAGGAUCUGGAAUAUCUGUGUGAGGGUUUAGAGGGUCGUUCAGGCAACCCAGUGGCAGUACUAUUCGAUACAUUACUUCACCCAAAUGCUGACUUGGGCUUCGAGAUUCCUUCAGUACUGCAGUGGAAGCUGGAGAAGCAGCACCACAUCCCCCAUCUGGUACUAGGCAAGGGCAAACCAGGAGGAGCCUGGCAUGCAAUGGAAGGAUCUAUUCUCACCAUUAGUCUGGGUAUUUGGAUGGAGCUGCCAGGGGUCAACUACAGGGACAUUACCCCUGAAAAAAGGAGGAAUGUGACCAAUGACCGGGCCACUCCAGACGAGCUCUCCUCCUACUAUAAGAAUUAUGUAAAGAUCAUGGGCCUCCAGAAGAACUUUGUAGACAACGCCUAUGUCACCUCGAUUCAAAAACUCCACCGUGGUCAUGUUAGCUUUGAAAAAGAAGAUAGGAUUGAAAAUGACACCAAAAACGGUCAGAGGAACAGAAUAGAAAAUCGGUUUGACCCCUGUAGUCAAAACAGAACAGAAAACAGUAACAGUGGAAGGGACAAGGAAUUGAAGGGUUUUAAAAAUGCAACAGAGAAUGAAAGAGGUAAAACAGGAGAGGAGGAUAGCAGGAAAAAGAAGGACAUGGAGGACAUUAGAGACAGCAGGAUUCCUCAGGGGUUUUCACAGGGACUAUGGGAGGUCAGGGGUUACCAGCAGCUUCAGGGUGACACCCAUAUUCCUUUUAGCCUUUUUGCUGAGAACGUUGUCUUAGCAACUGGGGCAUCUGACUUGCCAGCUCGCUUAGGUGUGGAAGGGGAAGAUUUUCCUUACGUGUUCCACAGCGUGCGUGAUCUUGGCAUAGCUAUCAACCACCAUGAGAACCUGGGCCCUGCUUCUGACCCAGUCCUGGUGGUUGGAGCAGGCCUUACUGCAGCUGAUGCUGUGCUGUGUGCCUACAACAACAGCAUUCCUGUGCUGCAUACAUUCCGUAAGCAAACUGAUGAUCCCAGUCUAAUCUUCAAACAACUACCGAAAACGAUAUACCCUGAGUAUCAUAAAGUCUAUCACAUGAUGUGUUCUCAGACCUACCUGGCAAGCCCCAUUGCCACCCCUGGUGCCAACCCUGCAGUUCAUAAUGCUUCCACAAAACUGCACCAAGACUAUACCAGCUUCCCUGAGCACUGCGUGCAUUCUUUUCAGCCUGACAUGCACUGCAUAUUAAAGGGAUCGAAUGGCAUUCUGAGAGCCUUCAAAGUGUCAAUGGUGCUGGUUCUUAUUGGAACCUAUCCUAGUCUGUCCUUUUUGAAGGAGCAUGGUCGGUACCUGGGUUUGGACCCCAGCAAGCCCAUCUCCUGUAGGCACAACCCAGUGGAUAUAAACCCAUACACAUUUGAAUGCAGUGCUGAGCCAGGCCUUUUUGCCAUGGGUCCCCUGGUUGGAGACAAUUUUGUGCGUUUCCUGAAGGGGGGUGCUCUGGGCAUUGCAAGCUGCCUGGCCAAGAGACUGAAGCAGAUGGAGAAGAAAGGGAAACUGAUUGCUGAUGAGGAUGAUAGUAGAGGAGGAGGGGGAUUUGUCUGAAGUCUAUGGAAUAAUUUGUAUAAAGGAAGUGCCAAAUUAUUUUUAAUAGUUACUGGAGUGAGUACAUAUAUUUUAAUUAUACAGCUUUCUUAACAUUUUUAAAGUAAGUAAAUUAUGCAUAUGACUGUAAGCUAUAGGAGAAUAUAAAAAAAGGACCCAUGACAGCUGUCUAACAAAAAGGGUAACACAGGUAUUUGGAAUAAUGUGCCAAAUUUUUAAGUUACUCAGGCUAAUGUUACAGGUUGUCAUGAUGUUGCACAUACUAUAAAUUAUGUUUUGUUUACUUGUUAUUACAUGCUUUAAGACACCAUUCACAGUUAAAGAUCCCCUAACUGCAACAAAACACAAAUGGUUUUUAGUCUCAUGCAAUCAUGAGCAGGCAGUCAGAUAUGAAGCUCAUGGGACAAAGAAAGGCCAUUAACAAGCUGCACUACAUGUUUACAGCAUUCAUUCACUCAUCAUUUUUAACUGCUUUACACUGGUUAGUGUUGCUGUGUUUUAAAUGACUCAUUUGUUUAUACAGUAUUUUGGGAAACAGAACCAAUUAAGUCCAUUCAAAAAUAUCACAAGCAGGUGCACAAACAAAAACAAUGAUCAGAAUUGUUCAAACUUUCUAUGAGAGAGGGAAUUUAGAAUUUAACAAACCUGUGAAUUAUGGAAUAAUCAGAGUUGGGUAUAACGUGUUACAAAGUAACAUAUUACUGUAUUCUAAUGACUUUUUCUGAUAACACAGUAAUGUAAUGCAUUACAUUUUAAAUGUAUGUAAUUUGAUUACAGUUACUGAUGUCAAUAGAAUUAUGAUACUUGCGUUACAAAUUUAUUGUUAAGAAAAAAAUAUUAAGUAAAUUGCAUUUUUAAAAUAAAAUCGCUCUCAAUU